AUGAGCGCAGAGAUGCCCAAGAUCGCCGUCGCUGUGGUCGGCGUCGGCCUCGUCGGCAAGGAGGUCGUCCGACAGCUCUUUGCGCCAGCGCUCGACGGCGUCUUCGAGGUCGUCUUCCUUUCUGGAUCGACGCAUGCUGUCGCACUCGAGCGAGGCCAGCGCUUCGACGACGCAGAAGCCCUGCUCGCCCUCCUCCCUCCCUCCUCGACUUCCCCUUCAAACCGGCCCUCCCUUCCCUCCGGCGCGACCUACUCGUCCACCGGCUUCAAGUCGAUCGUCACGGCGCUCGUGACGGAGAGCACGUCAAGUGGGCAGCACACCAUCCUCGUAGACUGCACCUCGUCGGCCGACCUCGGCGCCCUGUACCCCCAAGCGCUCUCGUCGGGCCUGUCGAUUGUCACGCCCAACAAGAAGGGGUUUGCCUCGUCGAGCUCGCUCUACACCGCGAUCGUGAGCGCGCAAGCCGAGCCGGGCGCCGGCCUGUGCUACCACGAGGCGACGUGCGGCGCCGGGCUGCCCGUCCUUUCGACCGUGCGCGACCUCGUCGCGACGGGCGACGAGAUCUUGCGCGUCGAGGGCGUCCUCAGCGGCACGCUCGCGUACUUGUUCAACCAGUACUCGACCGUCGCCGGCGUCGAGGACGGCGCGAGGCCGUUCAGCGAGCUCGUGCGAGUCGCCAAGGAGCACGGUCAUACGGAGCCUCACCCAGCCGACGACCUUUCGGGAGCAGACGUCGCCCGCAAGCUCACCAUCCUCGCCCGGGUCGCCUCGGCUUCCUCCUCUACUUCCUCGGCACCCUCGUCCCUCCCACCUCUUCCCGAACUUCCAGAAGGUCAUCUCUCCGUCCCGACCCAGUCGCUCGUCUCGCCCGAGCUCGCCGCCCUCGCCAACCCGAGCGAGUUCCUCGACAAGCUCGCCAACCUCGAUGGCGACCUUGCGGCGCAGCGGGACGAGGCGGCUCGAGCAGGGCGGGUGCUGCGGUACGUCGGCGUGAUCGACAGGGUGCGGGGCGAGAUUCGCUGCGGGCUCGAGAGCUUUCCGCACUCGCACCCGUUCGCGAGCAGCACGGGCUCGUACCUCUCUCUCGCCAUCUACACGCGUCGAUACGCCUCGUCGCCGCUCGUCAUCCAGGGCCAAGGGUACCCGCUCUCGGUCACGGCGGGAGCAGUCGUCGCCGAUGCUGUGCGAGUUGCCGAGCGGUACGGGGCGCGAGUCGGGCUGUAG